AUGGGAAAAAUGGAGGUAGAAAGGAAAACAACAGGCUUUGCUGCGAGAGACCCAUCUGGGUUUCUUUCCCCUUACACUUACACUCUUAGAGAGACAGGACCAGAGGAUGUACACAUAAGAAUCAUAUGUUGUGGAAUAUGUCACACCGAUCUUCAUCAAACCAAAAAUGAUCUUGGCAUGUCUAAUUACCCCAUGGUUCCUGGACAUGAGGUUGUAGGGGAAGUGGUGGAGGUGGGAUCAGGUGUGAGCAAGUUCACUGUAGGGGAAAUAGUUGGAGUUGGUUGUCUUGUUGGAUGUUGUGGAGGUUGUAGCCCAUGCGAGAGAGAUCUGGAACAGUAUUGUCCUAAGAAGAUCUGGAGUUACAAUGAUGUUUACAUCGAUGGUCAACCUACACAAGGCGGUUUCGCUAAAGCCACCGUUGUUCACCAAAAGUUUGUGGUGAAGAUUCCAGAAGGAGUGCCAGUUGAGCAGGCUGCACCGCUACUAUGCGCCGGUGUGACAGUGUACAGUCCACUGAGCCAUUUCGGGCUAAAGCGACCAGGCCUAAGAGGAGGCAUACUAGGGUUAGGUGGAGUUGGUCACAUGGGUGUGAAAAUAGCCAAAGCAAUGGGUCACCAUGUGACAGUCAUAAGCUCAUCAAACAAGAAGAAAGAAGAAGCUUUGAAAGAUCUUGGAGCCGAUGAUUACGUGAUCGGAUCAGACCAAUCGAAAAUGAACGAAUUGGCUGAUUCUUUAGAUUACAUAAUCGACACUGUCCCUGUUCAUCAUGCACUUGAGCCUUAUUUGGCUCUGCUUAGGCUUGAUGGAAAACUCAUUCUCAUGGGAGUUAUCAACAAUCCCUUACAGUUUCUCAGUCCUAUGGUUAUGCUUGGGAGGAAAGUGAUAACGGGAAGCUUCAUAGGGAGCAUCAAGGAAACAGAGGAGAUGCUUGAAUUCUGUAAAGAAAAGAAUUUGAGUUCGAUGAUUGAAGUUGUGAAGAUGGAUUAUGUGAACACUGCGUUUGAGAGACUUGAGAAGAACGAUGUGCGUUAUAGGUUUGUGGUUGAUGUUGAAGGAAGCCAACUCGAGGCUUGA